AUGAUUGCUUUGAGAAGCCCUAGCGUGAAUUCUUCCUCCGUCAUUCUCACUGCAUUUUCUGGCCUGGAGCAGCAAUAUCCCUGGAUCUCCAUUCCUUUCUCCACCAUCUAUGCCAUGGUCUUCCUGGGAAACUGCCUGGUGUUGCAUGUGAUCUGGACUGAGCCGAGCCUGCACCAGCCUAUGUUCUACUUCCUGGGCAUGCUGGCCCUCACUGACCUGUGCAUGGGGCUGUCCACAGUGCACACGAUGCUGGGCAUCCUGUGGGGGUUCAUUCGAGAAAUCAGCCUGGAUUCCUGCAUCGCCCAGUCCUACUUCAUCCAUGGUCUGUCCUUCAUGGAGUCCUCUGUCCUCCUUACUAUGGCCUUUGAUAGGUAUAUCACUAUUUGCCAUCCAGUGUGUUAUUCCUCCAUUCUGAAUAAUUCCAGGAUUUUCAAAAUUGGGCUCACCAUAGUAGUUAGGAGUUUCUUCUUUAUUACACCCCCCAUCAUCAAUCUGAAAUUUUUCCAUUACUGCCAUUCCCACAUCCUCUCUCACUCAUUCUGCCUGCACCAGGACCUUCUCUGCCUAGCUUGCUCAGACAUCAGAUUUAAUAGCUACUAUGUCCUGAUGCUGGUCAUUUUCAUGCUGUUGUUGGAUGCUGUUCUGAUCCUUUACUCCUAUGUCCUGAUUCUUAGGGCAGUCCUGGCAAUUGCCUCUCAGGAGGAGUGGCAUAAGUCAUUUCAGACCUGCAUCUCCCACAUUUGUGCUGUUCUGGUGUUCUACAUCCCUAUCAUUAGCCUAACAAUGGUCUGUUUCGGCAAACGUCUCUCCCCUGUGAUCCAUGUACUUAUGGGCAACAUCCACAUCCUUUUCCCACCUUUGAUGAACCCCAUCAUGUACAGUGUCAAGACCCAGCAGAUUCAGAGCAGAAUGCUCAGACUCUUUUCUCUGAAAAUAUGUUGAGAUGCUCAGGUCUUUUAA